UAUAGUACCAAAUUUACCGACACGUGAGUCAAUUUCAAAGAAUUAUUGGUGUCACAUGGUGCAAUCUUUCUUGAAAUUACAUAACCUAAUUGUCAUUUUUUUGCAGUUUUCUAAUUAUUAUAAUUUUGUAUGUCGACAGUGAAAGUACAAGAUGCUGAAAUUAUCCUUCUUGAAUCAAAUGCUUCUAAAGAGUUGACGACAACAACAAUGGUUACUAUCAAAAAUCCAACAACAAAACAAACUGGCUCCUCAGUAUUAAGUCAUUUUAAAUAUCAGCAUCUAUUAGCAGGCAUAUCAGGAGGCGCAAUAUCAACAUUAAUAUUACAUCCUUUAGAUCUUAUGAAAAUUCGAUUUGCAGUUAGUGAUGGACGAACGUCAAUACCUCAGUACAGUAGCUUGACAAGUGCAUUUUAUACAAUAAUUAGGCAAGAAGGUGUCAAAGGACUGUAUAGAGGUGUAGCACCAAAUGUUUGGGGUUCUGGAAGUGCCUGGGGAUUUUAUUUUUUAUUUUACAAUUCUAUAAAAAAUUGGAUUCAACAAGGAGACUCGCGGUACCCCUUAGGACCUAGCUUACAUAUGUUAGCUGCAUCUGAAGCAGGCAUAUUAACUCUAAUAGUAACAAAUCCAAUAUGGGUAGUGAAAACAAGGCUGUGUUUACAAUAUGGUAAUGAGGAUAUGUACCUUUCAAAAGGAGGUCAGUUCUACCAUGGAGUGUCUGACGCUUUAGCAAAAAUUUAUCGUACGGAAGGAUUCAGGGGGCUUUACAGGGGUUUUGUUCCUGGCAUGUUUGGAGUCGUCCAUGGAGCUUUACAGUUUAUGACUUAUGAAGAAAUGAAGGCAUUUUACAAUAAAUAUAGGAAAUUACCCCAUGACAACAAAUUGACAACAGGAGAAUACAUAGGUUUCGCUGCAGUUAGUAAGUUAAUAGCAGCAGCUGCUACUUACCCAUACCAGGUGAUUAGGGCCAGAUUGCAAGACCAACACCAUUCAUAUGGGGGUACCUGGGACUGUGUUAAGAAAACUUGGAGGUUUGAACGUAUGGCUGGUUUCUACAAAGGUUUAGCUCCCUACUUACUCCACGUUACACCUAAUAUUUGUCUAGUCAUGUUAAUUUAUGAAAAAUUUACUAAUAAUUAGAUAGGUAGUUAAUUUGUUUAGAUAAUAUUGCAGCCAGUCUCCUUAAUAGUUACUUAGUUCAUGUUCAAUUGACUCUUUCUCAGCUUAUUGUAAUGGAGCCUCAUGUUGGACUCCAGUAGACUAGUUGGUUUAGUUUUGGCGCUAAUCUCUACAUUUCGUACAGCUUUAAAUUUGGUAACACUUAACUUUUAUGGAGA